CUGUCCGCUAGGAAGGAACUGUUGUGCUGCGCUGCGCUGCGCUGGUGACACUCAGUAUUUGUGUGAGUGACUGUGUGAGACUGUUGCUGAAAACUGUAGUUUGCGCAUUGAGCGGCACUGCCGUGUAGAGACAAGACAAGAUGAUAGUGUGUUGUGCCGGCUGCCAGAAGCCCAUCACGGGCAAGUUCCUGGUGACGGUGCUGGACAGGACGUGGCACGCCGAGUGUGUGCGCUGCUCCGACUGCGGCUGUGCCCUCACCGACAAGUGCUUCAGCCGCGAGGGAAAACUCUUCUGCAAGAGUGACUUCUUCAGGAGAUUUGGGACGAAGUGUUCGGGAUGUCUGCAGGGCAUCUCGCCGCAGGAUCUAGUGAGGAAGGCUCGUGACCGCGUCUUCCACCUCAAAUGCUUCACCUGCUGCGUCUGCCGCAAGCAACUCUCCACCGGCGAAGAACUCUACGUGCUUGAAGAAAACAAAUUUGUCUGUAAACAAGACUACAUGAGCGGCAAACUGUCAGGUCAUUGUGUUUCAGUGGAUCCAUACGUGAUGUCUGACGAGGAGGAGGAGAUCGAGUCUAUGGACACUGGAGACGCGUCCCUUAAGUCACCAGGUUCAGAUACCAACGUCCUCCACGCCCCCAAUACGCCCUCCACGCCCUCCGCGCCACAGACCACCGACCUUGAGAAAGUAUCCAGCGUCAACUCCCGCGAUGAAGGUGACGAAGAUGACGAUGAACUAGAAAAUAACAAAGACGAUGACGAUAAGAGAUCCGGGGAGGAAGAGAAAGGCAGUAAGCGGAGGGGCCCAAGGACUACCAUUAAGGCCAAGCAGUUGGAGGUACUCAAGAAUGCCUUCAACAAGACACCUAAACCCACUCGUCACAUCCGGGAACAGCUGGCCAAAGAGACGGGCCUCCCUAUGCGGGUCAUACAGGUAUGGUUUCAGAACAAAAGGAGUAAGGAAAGGCGUAUGAAACAGCUCUCUAGUAUGGGCAUGCGGGCACACCUCUUCGCUAAUCCUCGUAAGCUCCGUGACCUGCCCUUGGGUAUGGACGAUGGGUAUGGCUUCUUCCCUGGGUAUAAUGGCUUCCCAGGGCAACAGUUCCCAGGUUACUUCGGCCCCCAGCAGCCUAUGGGAUACCCUCACAUGGGUCCCGGCAUGGAGCAGCCUCUACCUCCUGGCGGACCCAUGGGAGGAGCAGAGUUCCCCGGGAUGCCGCCCAUGGCCACCAUGAUGGGCGAGGCCUUCCCCCCACACCCACCCAUGACCUCUCCCUCAGAAGACGUCUCUGUACACGGAGGACCAGGGGGGUUUAGUGACCACCAGAGCUCGGAGAUCCUGGCGUGGUAACCUCCAUGUCCUCUCAUCCCACCCCCCUCCCCCCCUCUCCCCCCUCUCCACCGUCGCCCUGCGCACAACCCGACACACCAAAGAUGCCACUGCGCACCUCCUCGAUGACGUCACGCGCACCAGCUGACGUCAUUUGAGUUUCUUCGUAAGAAAAACAAAAAUGACUAAAAACAAACACUGAUUGUCCAUCCCUGUGUUUUUCUUCAGUGUAAGGAUUAUAUAGGUGUAAAUUAAUUUGUUUUGGCGUGAAAUAUUACAACAAAAAUAAACAAUAUUUUUCUCAGAGGACAAACCAGAUGAAGCCAUGAAAAUAUCUUUAAAAAAUAUUUUAAAAAAUCCUAAAAAAAAAAAAUAUGAUAAAGAUAAGAGAAUUAAAUGUCGUCCAUAGCUGUCAAUACAGACCUUAUUUGUAAAGGAGGGAAGAUCGAUGGUUGAAUUGCUACACUUAGUAAUCAUAAUGACUCAUUUUUGUAUAUUCGCUUUGCAUUCAACCAUAGUUCUUAAGGGAUGGGAACUGUGAACCCAUUGGUAAACAAACAAACCGAUAGACAUAACGUGUUCAUGACGUGUGCAGGACAUGUUUGGACACUAUGUUUCUAGAUACAGCUCUCGACACACACACACACACACACACACACACACACACUCACACACACACACACACACACACACAGGGCUGUACUCUAUCGUCCGAGUCCAUUCUGGAGUAAGUCAACCAGUGUAUGUUUAUGAACUUUCCCAGGUACUCAGCAAAUAGGUACUCAAUGAAUAGAUACUCAGUAAAUAAGUAAUCAGUGAAUAGAUAUUGAGUAAAUAUGAACUCAGUAAAUUAGUACUAGGUAAAUAUGCAUUCAGUGAAUUGUACUCAAUGAAUAAUACUUGGUAAAUUGGUACUCCAUGAAUAAGUACUCAGUAAAAUGGUACUCAUGGGUAAUUAUGUACUGUCGUAUCUACAGGUAAAUAUUACCUUAGAGAUUCACAAAGUGUCUAAUUAAGAGAGUUAGUCACCUGUACGUUGAGAAUUUCUAAUUGGUUAUAUUUACGUCUACGAAUAUCUUAUAAAUUGACACUUCCUCCCCCCUCACCCACCCUUACAUAAUGUAUGGGAAGUACUUAUGUAAUUGUUGGCUUAAGGGAAAUAAUGUGAGGGGGGGGUAGUAGUCUUGGAGGAAAGUACCUUAAUUGUUAUCUGAGGGAAGUACCAUGAGGGGUUAGAAUUUUUUUUAGAGGGAAGUACCUCAGAGGGGAAUAGUGGAACGAAUGGUACUCCCAGAGGUAAUAGUAAGUAGGAUAGUACACACAGAGGGAAGUAGUAUGAAGCGUAAGUACUCGUAAGAUUGAAAUAUCAAGUGAAUAGUACUUUGAAAAAUAAUUAUUAAGAGACCUGAUCGUAAUUAAUGUCAAUCUUAUGAGAAAAUACACUGAAAACAUUAACAUUUCAAGAUGGUAAGUACUUAAACCUUCCCAACUACUUACCCCAUUUAGAGGAAAGUCUUAAACUCAUGAGAAAGUACACAUUAAAUUAAGUAAGGGUACAGUAGAAUACAGUAGAGUACAGUACUUAUAAGCAUAGUUACCUGCCUGUCCGAUACAAUACAUGACCUUACACACGUGGAAUUCAAAGACAUACAGAAUUAUGUAUUUGUAGAAUUCAAUGGGUUUUUUGUUUUUUCUCCACGUUUUGUAUAUUUUUGUGGAAAGCGUUCGUCUACCUGCGAUGGAUUCACAUUCCUGCUAUAUUUUGUCGUAUGUUUAAGGUAAGGAACUCUUUGCCAGGUUCGUGUACAUAUCUGUAUAGUAUCUGUUGAGAAUGCACAGCCAAAUCUCCUUUUGUGUAGAUAGGUCUGAAAAAAUUACCAUCACGUUGUAGUUAUGUUUAUUAUCCAUUGUACUUAUUAUUGUCUUCUUUUAUCCGUCUUGCUUAGUAGUUUUUAUUUUAUUCAUUUUUUUUCUUCACUUUACUUAAAAAAAAAAAGUGAAAAAUGUGAACCUACUUUUCAUGUCGUCUCGGGGUGGCGCUUUAUAUAGUAACAGCCGCGAACUGUAAGGAUAACUAACCUAUCAUAUAAGGUGCUUUACCUGACUGACAGUGUGACGUAUCUAUGCCGUCAUCCGUGAACAAUGCCCUCCUCUCACCAACACAGACAGAUGACGUUAUGUAGAGGCUGAGACUAGGAUGGUUUCGUUAAUCACACUUUUAACAUGUUAUUUUUUCAUCCGGGAUAACAAUAGCUAUGAACAGUUGACCUUGUAUAUAAUUUUUUAAAUGUAAUGUUCAGUGCUUAAUUAAUGCCUACCACAAGGACACCAGCCGCCGUUAACACCUGCUGCCUCCCGUCCUUCUUCUGCAGAUUUAAGGACAUCAGGCAUCCUUCUGCAGGUUUUGUAGGUCUGUUUAUAAGUCUCAAGGAUCCGUAGAACCUUCUUCAGGUUACGCUAUGUUCCUCUGCAGUAGUGAAAGAGGAGGAGGAGGGCGGUGAAAUAGAGAAAGAGACAGACAGACAGACAGAGAGACGGUGGCAGCGGUGAUGUUGACGGCUGGUGUAGAGGAACAGCUGGUCCCGGGCGCAGUGUCCCCACCCUCUCCCUGCAGAAGGCCGCGCUGGAGUGGCAACAGAAGCUCCCAGGAAUAACUGUGUGUGUGUGUUCUGACUGUUUUUCUCAUUGUAUAUGUAAAUCUGUGAUAUUGAUUACUUGUUAUAAAUUCCAGUGACCAUUUUGUAAUAAAACUAACGAAAGUAAA